GACGCACUGUUAUUGAAAAGGGGUCAAUGUUGAAGAAAUAUUAUUUGUUAUCGAAAAUAAACGAAGGCCCCUAGUAAUGUGAAAGAAAUGAGAACUGAAGCGUUUCUCAUAUUGAUGUUAAAUGGGCUAGCAUCUUCCAUGCGUCGGGGACCGCAUCACCCGCACGGCCAACUACCAGUGGAACAGAAGCACCACCACUACAAGCCGAAAUCUUCGGAGUCACUCACUAGGGACUCGCAACUGUUACACGAUACUAAACAUCUAGAGGAAGAUAAUAUGGUGUUAACUCCUGAAGCCUUAGCCAAGAUGUCACCGGAAGAAUUAGAAUUUCAUUAUUUUUCAGCUCACGAUUAUGAUCGAAAUUCUAAGCUGGAUGGAUUGGAAAUGUUAAAGGCAGUAUAUCAUACAAUAGAACAUGAAGCUCCCGAUACUGACAAUGAUGACUCUAUAGAACCGGAAUCGAAUAAGAUUAAUCUCUACAUUGCUCUUGUAGAUAAGACGUUGGAAUCGGAUGACGGCGAUAGGGAUGGUUAUAUUUCAUACUUAGAGUAUCGCGCGGCUCGUCAAAACAGUUCAGCUGACAGAACUCCAAGAGUUAUAGUAUCUGGGAACUCUCCAUCUUAACUUUGUCUAAGCUAUAAAAUAGUGCUAUGCGCACUGGUAGCGCGUCUGACAAGGCAGCCCGCGUUCGCCCCAUGUUGCAGCCUCUUUAAUUCCGUUCGAAAUGUCCUCGUAGGGCUCCAGGUCGAUGCUGUUACUGUAAUAUAUAAAACGAAAUGAAUUAAAUUCCCUGCAACAACAGUUCGGCGCCAGAAGCGUAGAGUGCUGCUUGAUGUGGCUUCUGACAAGAUAAGCGGUAGAGACACCCGUAAUCCUGGCUCUGUUGUCCGGUGAGGUAGCUCAGGUACAACAUAAUUUCAUCUUCAGUUAGAUAGUUGGCAUUUUUGUUUUCUAGGCAAAAUAAGUAAACAAAAAUAAUAACAACUUCAAUAACAUUAAGAACUUAUUAUAUCAACUAUC